AUGGAUACGACGUUGGUAUUUUUGUCCGUAGCAAUUUCGAUUCUCAUUGGUAACAUUGCUGCUGAUCUGCCAAGUUGUCAAAGGGCCCGGUGUCACCAUUGUAGAGUGCCUUUCAUCGCUAGAAUGUGUCCCGAAACUUGUAGACCAUGCUUGAAAGAAAUUUCUGUCCCAGAACGACAUCUACCAAAGUUUGUGAAUGAUUCAUCAUCCAACGUUUUACAACAGUUCCAACGACCUCAAGCUAGGGAUGUAAACACACAACAGCCAUUCCCACAGCACCCAUCAUAUAGCGCAAAGUAUAGCUUGAUAUCUCCACUACCGACACAGAAAUCACCAUACGACUUAUAUCAUUACCAAUAUUUGCCACAACAAUCUCAACCAGGAAUUCAACUUCCAUUUGUAAGAUCACUUCCCGCUGCACCUCCCCCGCCUGUACCAAAUCAACAAACUGCUUUGAUUGAUACUGCAUUUCCAACAUUUCCACCAUUCCUAACAUUCACUUUCCCAACACUUCCACCGUCCAUAUUUCCAAUGAUAACAUUUGCGCCUCCUAUUGAUCAAAGUGUAGCUGAAAUAUCACCGGAACAAUUUCCCGCUCAACCAGCCACCCAAACACAACUAUUUCAACCUCAAAGACAAAGAACAGACAUAGUUGCUUCUGAACACCCAGUUGCACCAUAUGCAGUCAUCAGUUCUCAGCCUCAAAUCUAUUUGCAACCACAGCAAAAGCAAUCCCAAGCAGUAUCUUAUGCAAAUCAACAGCAAGUCGUUCCACUGUAUCCUAUUAAUAGACAACCACAAUUACCUGCCCAACAACUGCAACCACAACGGCAAACGUCUUACCUGCAAGUUCAACAACCACAACAACACUUUUAUACGAUAAAUCAGCAAUCUACUGUACCCAUUAGACCACUUCCACAAUCUCAUUUCUCUCAAAAGAUAGCACAAACUGCAUUAUUGCCAUCACAUGCAUACAGUAUCGAUACGCCGACUAAUUAUAUCGAAGGAUCGUACUAUAAAACUGGCUCAAAACGACCCUUUGCUGUUGCUCAGUGCCCACGACCCAACUGGGAACCAUGCAUAACAAAAGAAGAGGCAAAUGAUCGAUUUGAAUUAUGUUGUCAAGAACUAGGUGAAGGAUGUGCUGCACUAUGCAAUUAUGAUGCUACUUUAACUACGAUUCAAUUAGCAGUACUUACGGGCCGAUGUCCUUUAAGAAAAGUCGGUGAUGUGAUGAUCUGUGCUAGUGGAUAUCAAGAUGCAACAUCAUGCUGUGAAGCAUAUAAUGUAUUCGAACCUGGUUACGAGCACUGUAGACCGUACUGUAAUCCUGCAGCUGGAUUACCACAAGGUGUUUUGCUUAGCGAACAGUACAAAUGUUUGGGGAAAUUGAGCCAAAUACAGCAGUGUUUCUAUGUUUCACAGCGGCCAUAA